AUGUCGUCAAUGUCAUUAAUCCCUGUUCAAAUACUAUUAUCUAAGAUUUCUAAACUUAGAUUUAAGUUUCAUUACAGCUCUAAACUGUGCAGAUUACUUAAAGAAGCUCAACAAAAACAUAACCUGCCUCAAAUUGUUAUGCCUGCAUCCUGUGUAACAAGAUGGUGGACAAGCUUACCAGCACUGCAAUUCAUAAGAUAUCAACAAGAGGCUCUUUUUGAUGUUUUAUACAAAUUCAAAUCCAACAGUAUAAAAUAUCUCCCAAACUGCAACGAGCAAAAGAUUAUACGUGUAAUCUGCAAUCUGUAUGAACCUCUUAACCCUUAG